CUCCUCUACCUCCUCCUCCUCUCAGGGCGGGGUUCGGACUUUUUGGGUCGGACUUCUCGGUUCUUUUCUCACUUUUUAACUCUGAAAGUUUUCUCUGCUUCGCAGUUUUUUUUGCCUCCGAACCGAACCGAACCUCUGCGGCAUCAUGUCUGGCGUCGCGUCCACCCUGGCCAAGAAACGGGCCAUGGCCGCCGGGUUCGGAACCAAUUCGAAGGCGAUUCCGUACCUGAACCAGAACUUCGAGGCUCUGCGGGCUCAGUGCCGAGCCUCCGGACAGCUGUUCUCAGACCCGAUGUUUCCCGCCGCGCCCGAAUCUCUGGGCUUCAAAGAACUGGGCCGGAACUCCUCCAAGGUCCGGGGAGUCACCUGGAAAAGACCCACGGAACUGGUCUCCAAACCAGAGUUCAUCAUAGGUGGAGCCACCAGGACCGACAUCUGCCAGGGGGCUUUGGGUGACUGCUGGUUGUUGGCUGCCAUCGCCUCCCUGACCCUGAAUGAGUACGUGAUGGCCCGAGUUGUUCCCACAGACCAGGGCUUUGGGAGCGACUACGCAGGAAUCUUUCACUUCCAGUUCUGGCAAUUCGGGGAGUGGGUAGACGUAGUGAUUGAUGACCGUCUGCCGGCGAAAGACGGGGAGCUGCUCUUUGUCCACUCUGCUGAGGGGAGAGAGUUCUGGAGCGCCCUGCUGGAGAAGGCCUACGCCAAAAUGAAUGGCUGCUACGAAGCUCUGUCUGGUGGUUCCACCACCGAGGGCUUCGAGGAUUUCACCGGAGGCAUUGCGGAGAACUAUGACCUCCAGAAUCCUCCGUCCAACCUCUUCCAGAUCAUCAAGAAGGCUCUGGAGGCUGGAGCGCUGCUGGGCUGCUCCAUUGAUAUCACCAGCGCUGCAGAUUCUGAGGCUGUGACCCGUCAGAAGCUGGUGAAAGGCCACGCCUACUCGUUGACCGGCGCCGUGGAGGUGAACUACCGCGGCCGACAGGAGAAGCUGGUGAGGAUGAGAAACCCCUGGGGCCAGGUGGAGUGGACCGGAGCCUGGAGUGACGGGUCGUCUGAGUGGAGCUAUGUCCAAGGAGACUGUCCUCUCGCCAAAGCUGAGGACGGAGAGUUCUGGAUGUCCUUCAACGAGUUUGUGCGCAACUACUCCCGGAUCGAGGUGUGCACCCUGACCCCCGACACUAUCAACGACGACUCCGUUAAACACUGGAGCGUCAGCAAGUUCGACGGAACCUGGAGGAGGGGCUCCACGGCUGGAGGGUGCCGGAACCACCCCUACACGUUCUGGACCAACCCUCAGUUCGCCAUCAAGCUGGACGAGGAGGAUGAUGACCCAGAUGACGGGGAGGUGGGCUGCAGCAUCGUGGUGGGUCUGAUCCAGAAGAACCGAAGGAGACUGCGUAAAGACGGCGAGGACAUGCACACCAUCGGCUUCGCCAUCUACGAGCUUCCACCGCAGUUCCACGGGCAGAGGGAGGUCCACCUGGAUAAAAACUUCUUCCUGACCCACGGUCAGAAAGCCCGAUCCGAAACCUUCAUCAACCUGCGUGAGGUCAGCACCCGCUUCAAGCUGCCGCCAGGAGAGUACCUGAUCGUCCCAUCCACGUUCGAUCCACACCUGAAUGGGGAUUUCUGCAUCAGAUUGUUCUCUGAGAAGCAGACGGAAACACUACCCUGUGACGACCCAGUUAAUGCUGAGCUCGAUGAGGAUCAGGUGUCGGACAGUGAGGUGGAUUCUGGAUUCAGGAACAUGUUCAGUAAACUUGCCGGGGCGGACAUGGAAAUCUCUGCAAACGAACUGAAGACCAUCAUGAACAAGAUCGUUUCCAAACGAACUGACAUUAAAACAGAUGGAUUCAGCAUGGAGACCUGCAGGGUCAUGGUGAACCUGAUGGAUGACAGCGGUAACGGGAAGCUUGGCAUUGGAGAGUUUGCCACUCUGUGGAAGAAGGUGCAGAAGUACCUGUCCAUCUAUAAGAAGAACGACUUGGAUAAUUCGGGGACAAUGAGCACUCCGGAGAUGAGGGUGGCCUUCAAAGAUGCAGGUUUUACCCUCAACAACAACAUCUACCAGCUGCUGGUGGCUCGCUACGCCGACCCUGACAUGACGCUCGACUUCGACAACUUUGUGGCCUGUCUGAUGAGACUGGAGAUGAUGUUCAGAAUCUUUAAGAAACUGGACUCCCACAACACUGGCUUCAUUGAGUUUGACUUCAACCAGUGGUUAAACUUCUCCAUGAUCUGAGGUGGAGCCUCCAUCACUCUGCAGCUGUCUAUCAUCCUGUUUACAGUUGGCUCUUCCUGACACAGCUUCACUUUAUUAUCUUUAACCCCGCCCACAAUUGACUGUCACAUAAAGCCAAAUAAACUUAAGUCCACCAAACCUCA